AUGGACUCCGAACAUCCAAAAACCGUUUGCGUAACAUGCGGUGCUACAGUGCCGUUUGGCAAGCUUGUGGAGAUUGUACUUGCUGAAGAGACUUUAUCACUUCUUGAGGAAUAUGCGUACAAAAGGCUCUUUAUCCAGUUUGGACGGGGCUACGACGAUGAAUAUAAGAGCAAAGUGUCCUUACUUGGUGGCAAUUAUAUCACCAAGUCCACAUUACCUGAACUAGAUGGCGUUGCUACUACCAUAGUGCAGUAUCGUGGGUUGGAAAUCAUUGGCGUCGCAUUCCACUCCCAAAUAGACAAAUUUAUUGAGCAAUAUGCGUCAUUGGUAAUAUCCCAUGCGGGCACAGGAAGUAUUCUGGAUGCUUUGAGGUCGUCCAAGCCAUUGAUUGUGUGUAUCAACAGCUCGCUAAUGGAUAACCAUCAAGAGGAGAUUGCUGAAAAACUCCAAGAAUGUGGCCACUUAUGGUCGAUCCAUGGAAACGUAGAAGAGCUUUGUGUUGCCAUUGUGAGAAGCCAAAAAGAGACGUUGCAGCCCUUGAGAAAUGCCUACAACGAGGACUUUGCAAGACUAUUACUAGACGUAUCUCAUAGAUGA